AUGAUGAGCGGCGCAGCGAACGCUCCCUGGUCGUUGGCCCGCCAGCCAUGGAGGUACGCGCGCCAAUUGGCACGCCACGCCAACUGUUCCUGGGAGCAAAGCCACGCUCACCUGCUCAAGUGCCUCAGGGAGCGGCCCCUCUCCGUUCUAAUGUCUGUCCCGGUCGAUCCUCCGCAGUUCGCCACGACCUUUGGCCCGUCGGUGGAUGGAGUCGUCAUAGACACUGGCAUCGAGCGACAAUCCACACUUACAGAAGCUCUUCAUCCCAUUGCUGUUCGAAUACUGUCCACUGCAAUUUUCCUGUAUCAUCUGAAAUCGCUUACAAGUAAGAACGCUUGUACCGAUAUUGGUAUAAUGUUACACAACUACAAUUCUUUUCAUCCUUCACUCAUAUAUUUUGUGGAUUUCGUCUAUAAAUAUUGUAUAAUAAGAGAAAAAGAUAAUUUGUACAACCUUUUCAAAGAGUAUUAUUUUACGUCAGCCGUAUGGGCCGGAUAG